UUAUCACUGGCUGACGUGCGUCACGUUGUUCGCUGUGACGCUGUGUGCUACACCUAAAUCUCCACUGUGAAACUUCAGUUAGCGUGUAUUGGUCUAACCGAGAAGACGUUGUCCUGUAAAAACUCCCUCAGAUCAUGUAAAUUUGGAUUUAUGAAACAGAAAGAUUAAAGACAAUGUCUUCCACCGCCCUGAUCGAUAUUGACAUCACCUCAGAAAUGGCUGCGCCUGCUGCGUGGACACCUGGGAGAUUCCUCACCAACGGGGAUGCCACCGUGAUUGACGUGAACUCUCCCGUGUACGACCCGGUCAGAGGUCAAAGAUCAAAUAUAUUCGGAGGAAUGGGUCAUACAUCCCAAGAUCUGUCAUACAUGUCGGAGCAGGGAUUACACAAGUGCUCAUCUCUGCCCCGAGGGACUACCUACCUCAUCAUGGCAUGUUGUGUCGUGGCGUCUUUAAGCCUGGGGCUACUGGCUUACAUCCACCUCUAGCGAGCUGACAGGCACUUAACUUGGAUUACUCAUUCCAACAAUGGCGACGAAAGUCACGCAGCAAUUUACAGAAUUCGACAAGGGAGAUAACCGCGCCCGUUCCUCCCCGUGACUAGAAGAGACGAGACCUGUCUCCCUAAACCCAGUGCAAUACUUGGACAUAUAAUACUAUAAAUGGCAUGAGAAAACAGCAUAAUGUGUGGUAACCAAGGCAACCCCAUAUAAUAGUAAAACCAAACUGUUCCUGUUAUUUAUUGCGACACAUUUCGUAAUAUAUAGUCAGUAAAAGUCUUAUUUAAUUUAAGCUCAUAGUCUACCCACUGUUGACUGAUCUCGAAGGUGCUAUGGUCUAGAACCAUCAAUCUCACCAUUGCAUAUUUAUCUGAAUUCAUUGCCAGAUGAGAUUGUCAUAUACUUGUUAAUAAAUAUUGGUUGUUU